UUCAAGUCGAAAUUUCUAGACGGCAUCAUUUUAUGGUGUACUACUGUGGGUUACUGCAGUCGCAUGGCAUCUGCAUCCUGCAGUCGUUCGCGGCCUAAGGACGUUGAGCCAGUGUUUCGCCGUUGGACCGAGUGUCUGAUACCCAUACGUAAUUACUUAUCAUCGAAUUGUCAAGAGCAUGAUAUUCAGAACUUUGAGGAAUGCGCUGGAUUACGUGCCGCAGAACUCAGGUCGGAGCCGUGGUUUUACAAUGCCAUAUUAGCAUUUUUUGACCGGGUAGGACCGGAAAACAUCGAUCCUAAACCAGUGGCCGAUGCAGUGUGCAGAAUGUUGGAAAAUGUUGCAAAAUGCAUUCCCGUUCUAUCCAAACCGUGCCACGUAAUCAAUAUAGCUGACGGCACUGAAAUACCGGAAAAUAUUUUCAAAGAACUGUGCACGAACAGCAGUCACUACUUCGUCCUGACGGAAAGUGUGCGAUGCAUGUUCAAGCUGAACUUUCCUAUGGGCCUGUGGGAGGAUCCAGUUAUACAGGAGGCUGUACGGGAGACUUCUCAAACCUUUGAUAUGUUUAACACUCCGUGCCGGAUUGUUCGACGGAUAUUCGAGAUUUAUACACCGGAAGUGAUCGGAACACAAUGCCACGCCGUGGUAUCGGAUUACUACUCCCAGAUCCAUCCACACAUCAAAAGCAAUAUCGACACACUUCUUUGCGCUCUUUAUACUGAUUAUCUCGAGGAGGAUGACUACCUAGGAGACUUUCUGGAUAUUGAUGACGCACGUGACGAACUAUAAUCACGUCCAGAAACCAUUCUGUGAUUCCAUAAUUACUUCAUAUCAGGGACAAGCUCCGCCGAAUACAAAGGUUGCGUUACUUUAUUAGUCAGUCGCACUCUCUGAUGACUGCAUUCACGGAUGAUAUCAUUUGAUGAAGGUUAUUUCUGGCAGACAACUGCGAAUGAUUGAGCAACAUUGUUCGUGCUUUGUUUGUUUAUUCAGCUUAAAUUCUACCAUGAACAAGGUACCUUGGUCGAGGCUGUAGGCUAACCCAAAAAAACGUCUUGUGAGAUUUGCAACACCUCUACAAAACAAAACUUCUGAUUACGUACACAUAGGCAAUAGUUCAAACUUUUAGUACUGUAUUUUAUGUUUAUGGUCCCCCGCUUAAUUUCGAACGUCCUCUGUAAGCC